AUGUCCCAAUUAUGGCGAAUUCCUUGCUUUCUUCUAUCGCCACAUUUCAUACGACGAAAAAUCAUCGUUACUGAUCCAAUAAAUUUCUCAUACAUCGGCUCUAUUCCUGAAACCAUGCUCGGUUGUAUCUCAGCAUCGAGCAAACUUCUUCAACAAUACAGGAAACGUAAAUCCGUUGGUCCACGUGAUCUUACUCCUACAAUGCUUCGGUCCAUUGAAGAGGCUAACAAACCAGCCAAGAGGGGCAAGAAGCCUAAACCGCAUAAGGAGGGACCGGUAACAAAACCAACCAAGGGGAAGACCCCCAAGAAGAGAAGAAGUGAUAAAGCUGCUCCUUCUCAACCUCAAUCCAAAAAGCGGAAGAAGCCUGCUAGGAGUCUUAUUCUUCAAUCCUCAAGCGAUUUGGAUUCAGAAUAUGUUCCUCUUAAGCAGAAGAACACUCCAUCUUCAGAUUCUGAGAACAAAAGUUCUGAUGAAGAGGCUUCGAACCGAGGGGACAGUCCGCCUCGCUCCCCUACUCCAGAAAUUCUAGCCCUGUUCUCUUCGGUUGUUGCUGAACAUUCAGCCACAUUAUCCGCUACAGCCAAGGCUAUUGAAGCCUCCAUAUCCCAAUGUCAACAGGCCUCUCGUGCUGUUGAUGCCUCUACUAAGGAGUGCAAGGAAGCGACCGCAAAAGUCAAUAAACUAGUUUCCCAGGCUCAACUAUUUCUAGAUUCCUUGUAG